AUGAAGGUUUUUGAUGUUGGACAUCAUGCAAGUGAUGCAACAUUUUCAAAUGGAGAACAUAAUCUUCCAUUAACGAAUCUUGAAAAUAUGGUAUACAUUGGGGAAAUAUCCAUUGGAACACCAGGACAAAAAUUCAAUGUUAUGUUUGAUACAGGUUCAUCAGAUCUCUGGGUUCCUUCAAAAAAAUGCGAUCCAGAUUUUUGCAAACAUUUAAAAAAGUACGACAGCAAAAAAUCAUCUACUUAUAAGGAAGAUGGAAGAAAGUUUGAUAUUAAAUACGCCAUAGGAUAUACUUGUGGAUAUCUAAGCACUGACAACGUUGAGAUUGAUGGUUUAGUGAUAAAAGAUCAAACUUUUGCGGAAGCAACUUGUGAUUACGGUGACAGCAGUUUAUUUACUUCUGGCAACUAUUGUGGUCUUCUUGGAAUGGCUUUUGAUGAUUUAGCCGUGGACAAAGUGACUACAGUAUUCACUAAUCUGGUCACACAGCAUCAUAUCAAAAAUGUAUUUUCAUUCUAUCUAAAUAGGAAGACUGGGGAAACUCCAGGAAGUGAACUUGUCUUGGGCGGAACUGAUCCUAUGCAUUAUACUGGGAAUAUAACAUACGUCCCUUUGACGAAAAAAAGGCAUUGGUCCUUUCGAAUGAGUUCUAUUAAAUUUGAUGGUGAUAGCGAAGAUUACUGUGCUGGCGGUUGUGAAGCCAUUGCAGAUACUGGUACUUCCUUCAUCUAUGGUCCCCAAAAUGAGAUCAAAGCAUUAAACGAAAAGAUGGGUGCAGUAUAUGAUUCUCGUGGCUUUGUAAGAUGA